AUGCUCGACUACCAAAAUUUAGAACUAUUUUCGGUAAAUGCAAAAAUUUUCCUUAAACUUCGAAUCAUUGGCACGCGCUCGAAGAAACGACAGCUGCUUGUGGCAUUGGAACCGGUUCUCUCGAUUUUUGGACAAAUUCUGCAUUUAUUUAUGACACGGAAUGAAAGCAUUAGUGAGACGGGCUUGAAUUUUUUUUUCAUGGCUGUUGUACUUAAUUUAGUAGUAAGGCUAUUCAUAGUGAUACAUAAUGGUGACAAAUUUGUGCGAUUAUUACGAUUAGUGGCAAACUGGUAUCACGAAAUUGAGCGCGAUGCGAACCCCGAAGUUUUACGAAAGUUGCAAGACGUCAACAAACACGCACGUAAACUCACACGUAUUAGCAUCUUUGCCGCCUGUACUGGAAUGUUGUUUGCUUACACUUUUCCCUUCUCAUUCGAUGAUCGGAAGUUAAUUGUGGAGGUCUCCUAUUCAUUUUUCGAUACAAAGCAGUCACCAUUUUACGAAUUCUUUUUCCUUCUACAAGCUCUCGUCCUAGUGCCCAUCUUCUGUUGUGUUUAUCUAGCUUUUACGAACCUCUUUCUCGCCUUUCUCAUGUUCGGUGAAGUUGUGUUGUUGGAUUUGCGUGUACGUUUAGAUAGCAUCAGCAGCAGCGGCAAUAAAGCGGCAAUGUUGCACGAAUUGAAAGAAUGCAUUGCGUACCACAGAAAAAUUAUUAGCUACCGCAACGAUCUCGAUAAUUUGGUUAAAGUUGCAAAUUUUUUUGAUGUUGCUCUAUUCGGCUUGAUGUUCUGCAUGAUGUUGUUUUUUAUGUCAUUGGUAAAGGAUAUCCAGCUAGUACUCUCCGCCGUGGUAUUUAUAAGCUUUCCUGUUUACGUAAUUGCUAUAUCGUAUUAUUAUGCAAACAAAUUUACAAACGAGAGCAUACAAAUUUGCAACGCCGCCUACAAUACGCCUUGGUAUGAGGGAAAUUUGGAAAUGCGCAAAUGUGUGCUGAUUAUGAUCGCCAGAAGCCAACGACCGCUUUAUAUCACAGUUAUGGGAAUGUAUCCAAUGACUUUGGAGACUUUUCAAGCUAUUAUACGAAUUUCUUAUUCAUACUUUUCGCUGCUACAGGGUUUGAGCCAGCAGUAA